GAAAACCACAGGGUUCUCAUGCAGACGCACACGCCUCUUGUUUUUCCUUUUCACUCUCACUCUUUAAAAAGCAGACAGAACUCUUUCUUUCUCUUUAAAACUGAGGGCCUAGUCUUUCCCAUCUUUCACUUUCUCUGUUCGCCAAGUUGCAAAUUCUUGGACUGAUUGAAACUCAGAUAAAGAGGAAGUGAAAAAGUGAAUUUUGAUCGCUGGGAUGUGAAGCCAAACCCCCACUAUCACAAAAGUACGUGCUUAAAGCUUUGAUCCUAUUACUUUCUCUCCUUUAAAAUUCAGUUUAGUGUUGAUUGUGUUGAUGUCUCUUUUUCAUGGGAAGUAGCAAAGCAUUUAUGCCAAUUCUGCCUGAGACAAACAGGGCAUAAGCUGUGUAAUCUUUUGCUGUACAGAGCCCCAGAGAGAGAGAGAAAGAGAGAGAGAGAGAGAGAGUGCUCAUCUUCUAUAAUAUGUCUUUCUCUGUCUUGAUCACAUGGCUUGCAUGAGGCUUGAUACGACUGCAGUCUGAGUCUGGCUAAUCUAGUGAAACAAAUUGAGCAUACCAACUUCAACUUGUUUGUUUUAUUACUUGUUUUCUCUCAGCUUUCUGGCAUGGAGGCUACAGAAAUAUAGGAGGCCCCUAUCUUUCAGCUUCAACAGUUCUUCAACAGAAAGAGACUUUAUUUCAUUCAUUCAUAGUGGUUUCUUGGUGAGAUUUCUCUCAUCAAUUUUAGGUGACAAAAUUUUUGUGACAUUUUGCGGGUUGAAAAUCUAUUUUGUUAUGCUGAGGAAUAGAUCUAGAGCAGUGACCAGCAAGUAAGCUCUAAUGGCUGAUCACAGCUCUCAACAAUCCCAAAACUACUACACAACCAAGAUCCCAUCUUUCUUUGGUUCUCCAAGAUUCAGAGCCUUUUUCACAAUAAAGGGUAGCCACUCUGAAACGGACCAAAACCCUAUGAUAAGUCCCACUUCAAUCCUUGACACCAAGCUUUCACUCCCAUUUGGAAACCAUUUUUCAUGUGACAAAAACCAACCCAGUUUAAUCCCAAAGGCUUUGUCAGGGAACAAACGCUCUUGGGACAACUCAGAGGCCAAAGGCAUUGGCCUUGCUCUUGUUGACACACUCAUUGAUGAAAAAUCUGAAGUGAAUAGUAGUAGUGCUUGUAAGCAAAGUAAUGGGAAUAAGGUCCUGUUUGGAACUAAGCUUAGAGUUCAAAUACCUCCCUAUCCGGCAAAAGGAUCUUCUAAUUCCGGCAUCCAAACAGAGAACUCUAAUUCGAAUUCGAAUUCUCCUCAGGCCUUUUCAAGGUGUGUCUCAGUGAGCAAAAUGGAGCUUUCUGAGGACUAUACAUGUGUGAUAUCUCGUGGACCUAAUCCAAGAACAACUCAUAUAUUCGACAACUGUAUUGUCGAAAGCUACUACACCUUAUCGGAUUCAGGUCACUUCUCCAAAUCUGCUCCGGAUAAUUUCCUUAGCUUCUGUCACACAUGCAAGAAGAAUCUUGAGCAGAACGUUGACAUUUACAUCUACAGAGGUGACAAGGCCUUUUGCAGCCGCGAGUGCCGCUACCAAGAAAUGCUCCUAGACGAGAAAGCUGGAAACCCAGAAUUUUGAUGCUGCUAUGAAAAGGACUUGUUCUUGAAUUUUUACCCUGUUAGAUCUGAAUUUUUACCUGUCUUUGGCUUUUUAAUCACCCUCUCCCCUGCAGAUAAAGAUAAAGAGAGGAUGAGAUAUUUUAGUAUAUUGUAGAGUUUGAGCUUUUAUUUAAUUGAUGACUUAUUUGAUUAAGGCCUCUCUAUGUAUAGGCUAUUAUAUUCCCAAUUUCCCACAAA